AUGAAGUUCUUUGCGUUUGCCGCCUUGAUCCUGGCUGUGUUCCAGGCUGGCGUGUGGGCUGCCACCACGCCAGAAGAGCCUCCUACCUGUGGCUUGCUAUGUAUCCAGCAGGAGACGCUCAAGUCGACUUGCGAGUUGACCAACGUCACUUGUAUCUGCACCAACGUUGAGUUGAACGAAAAGAUUUCUCUAUGCGUGCACGCCAAUUGCACAGUUAGAGAGUCCCUUUUGGUCCAGAGCUACUCCAAGCACACAUGCAACGCGCCGUCGAGAGACCGCACAGCUUUAGUAUGGAUCUUAGGAAUCGUCUUUCUCGUCAUCGGCCUCGUGGGAUUCGGCCUGAGAGUUAUGGCCAGAGUUUUUGUGCGAGCCCAGACUUGGGGAGCUGACGACUGGGUGAUGCUCCUUGCAGUGCUCAUGAUGAUACCCCUCAACGCCAUAUCGAUACCUAUCUCCAGAGUUGGCCUGGGUAAAGAUAUUUGGAAUGUGCAUCCUGACGACAUUACCGAUUUCCUUUAUUUCUUCUUUUGGGAUGAGCUUCUCUACCUUGGAGUUCUCCCUGUCACAAAAAUCUCCAUCCUACUCUUCUACCUCAAGGUCUUUCCAGGCAAAAACAUCCGAUUGGGCUGUUGGAUUCUCAUUGGCCUCAACGUCGCAUAUUUCAUUGCCUUUGAGCUCGUCUCAAUCUUCCAAUGCACUCCCAUCGAAGGUGCCUGGAGGGCGUGGGACAAGGAGUUUCCCGCAAAAUGCAACAACAUCAACAUGCAGGGCUGGAUGGCGGCCAUUCUCAACAUUGUUCUCGACGUGGCUACGCUAUGCCUACCGCUAUGGGAACUCUACAAGCUUUCUUUGUCGCGGAAGAAGAAGAUUCAGAUUAUGCUCAUGUUCAGUGUUGGAUUUUUUGUCACCAUCGUCAGUAUUGUUCGACUACAGUCACUGGCGAGUUAUGCCACAACUAGCAACGUGACGCAGGAUUACGUUGAAAUCGGCUACUGGAGCACCAUUGAAGUCCCAGUCAGCAUCCUCUGCGCUUGUAUGCCCGCCAUCCGCUCCCUCUUCUCUCUCGUCUUCCCCAAAGUCUUUGGCACCACGGCCAGAAGCAAGUCGGAAUAUGCCAACAUCUCGGAAGGGAAACAGGCAUCGAGUUCGCAGAAGAGCACCUCCAAGGCCUUGUCGCAGGGUCAAGGCGUGAGGGUCUCUAAGAAUCCAAAUGAGACGUCUGCAAUGGAGCUUACCGACAUGAGGUUUGACUAUCACCAUCAUCAUGGGCGUCACUCUUCAGAGAAGCUGCCAGUGACUCCUCGUGAGCCAGUGUGA